CUCUGCUGUGCUGCAGGUGGCUGUUGUGGCUCUGAUGUGAAGCAGUAUGUGUAUGGAGGCUGGGCCUGGGCUUGGUGGUGCAUCACUGACACCCAAAGGUACCCUGACAGUGGAACAGAUCUACCAGGACAGGGACCAGUUUGCCAAGCUGGUGCGGGAGGUAGCAGCUCCCGACGUGGGUCGCAUGGGAAUCGAAAUCAUGAGUUUCACCAUCAAGGAUGUGUAUGAUAAGGUGGAUUACCUGAGCUCCCUGGGGAAGACUCAGACUGCAGCUGUCCGAAGGGAUGCAGACAUUGGAGUGGCAGAAGCCGAGCGAGAUGCUGGCAUUCGGGAGGCAGAGUGCAAGAAAGAAAUGCUGGAUGUCAAGUACAUGGCAGAUACCAAAAUAGCAGAUUCCAAACGGGAUUUUGAGUUGCGGAAAGCUGCCUUCACCGAGGAGAUCAACAUUAAGAGGGCAGAGGCCCAGCUGGCCUAUGAGCUCCAGAGCGCCCAGGAGCAGCAGAAGAUCCGUCAGGAGGAAAUCGAAAUCGAGGUGGUGCAGCGCAAGAAGCAAAUCGAGGUGGAAGAGAAGGAGGUUAUGCGGAUGGAGAAGGAGCUGGUGGCCACUGUGAAGCAGCCAGCUGAGGCCGAGGCCUACCGCAUCCAGCAGAUCGCUGAGGGCGAGAAGGUGAAGCGAGUCCUCCUUGCUCAGGCAGAGGCAGAAAAGAUCCGUAAGAUCGGAGAAGCGGAGGCUUAUGUGAUCGAGGCCAUCGGGAUGGCAGAGGCUGAGGGCAUGAAGCUGAAAGCAGAAGCGCUCCAGAAGUAUGGAGAAGCUGCCCAGCUGGCUCUAGUGCUGGAUGCACUGCCUGAGAUCGCUGCCAAAGUAUCUGCUCCCCUCUCCAAAGUGGAUGAGAUCCUUAUUCUCAGUGGACAGGACAACAGCACUGCGUCGGAGGUGAACCGCCUGCUGGCAGAGAUCCCUGCCUCUGUGCGUGCCAUCACCGGUGUGGAUCUCACAAAGCUUCCCCUGUUCCAGAAAGCCACCGAGGCCAAGGAAUGAGGUUGGCCAACCCAAAGCUAGUGAAGAUCACUCCCUGUUAUGCACUCAGACAUCAACUGCCUUCGACACGUGGGAAUUCCUUUUAUAUCAAAGACAAUCCGAGAUUCGUGUGUAACUCUGGUGCCUUAUUUUGUAGGGCCAGAAAGAUGCAUGUUCUGUCUGCUGCUCUUUGUAUUCCAAGGGUGGGUGGGAGGGGAUUUAUUUUGUAACUAACUGUGUAUUGUCUCAGGCCAAUCCCAUCCCCACAUAUUGCUGGCAGCUUGUCUGGUGUUGCAGUCCCAGUG